AUGGGAAGCCCUUUGUCACCCAUUCUGGCGGAACUAGUGUUGGAAAACCUAGUUAACACAGUAACGAAAAAUUUAAACUACGAAAUACCAGUGCUAAGAAAAUUUGUUGACGAUUUCAUUCUUGCACUACCGGAAAAACAAAUCGUCCACACUCUGCAUAUAUUCAACAGCUACAACGCACACCUGCAAUUUACAAUGGAAAAAGAAACGAACAACCAACUUCCCUUCCUAGAUACACUAGUGAUCCGCAAUACCGACCAGUCAAUCAACACAGAAUGGUUCUCCAAAAAUAUCGCUUCAGGAAGACUAUUAAACUACUUCUCCUUCCACCCAAUGCACACAAAAAUGAACGUUGCCAGAAAUUUUAUAAAAAGAGUGAUCCAAAUUACCACCAAUAAACCAAUAGACCAACAAAAUCACACUAUCAUACAACAUCUUCGCCAAAAUAACUAUCCAGUAUCGCUAAUCAAACGACUGUUAAAUCGAGCACACAAAACUGCCAACAUAGCCAUAGCUACCGAUCCACAUAACCACAAUAUGCAAAAAAAUUCACCUAACGUUUCACAACAUACAUCCGACCUACGAACCACAACUGCUAAUCCAAGCCAAACUGAAGUCAUCACAAUGUACCGUUCAAUCACCAACAUUCCACAAUUAAACACAGCAAUAUCAAGGAUCCUCAGCUCCGAUUUUCCUCAAAUCCGACUUGCCUACAGACCGAUCGGAACCAUCAAACAGCUACUACCCCCCAUCAAAGAUCCAGUACCAUCCACCCAACGAUCUUGCGUCAUCUACAGCAUCCCAUGUACUGAUUGCCAGAUGUGCUACAUAGGAAUGACCAGGAACCAACUAAAAACACGGCUCAGCGGACACAAAUCCAAUAUAAACAAAUAUGCCAGCCUAAUUGAAAACCGAUCUGCCAACUCGAACACAGACAACGACAUAGCAGCGCUAAGUGAAAAAACAGCACUCAUUCAACACGCCAUCCAACUACAACACAAUUUCGAUCUAACCAAAACGACAAUACUAGACUACACCCAACGAGCUACAGCUUUGCCAAUACUGGAGAUGUGCCACAUUACAAACACGACAAGCACCGUCAAUCAUCGUACGGACGUAGACCAGCUGAGUACUACUUACGCUGGGUUACUCCACACCAUCAAAAACACCAUUUCGCAACGAAACAGAAUAGGUAUACAGUAUAGAUAGUGCAGUGCGGUA